CCGCUUGGGGGCGACCGAGAGCCCAUCCAUUUCCCCUUUAAGACCAGAGCGGAAGAGUAGAGCGAGAAAGACCUUUGUGUCGGCGGGGAAUAAAUAUGCCCGCCCCUUUAAGAAGGCGGAGACGCCCGAGUGGCGGCGUCUUCGAAUGAGGUCUGAGGCGCUGCCCCCAGUCUUCCGGCGACUUUCCCUACAUCGCGGAGACGCUGCCUUCUGACCCCACCCUGGGAGCACUAUCCCUCGGAGUCCUAAACUUCCACCUGGGUCGUAUCCGAGGUCCCGGCGACUCUCCGGACUCGGGGUGCCGGGCCAACUUUCCCGCCGAGGCCCACCCGCCGUCGCCAUGGCGUGCAGUUUGCAGAAGCUGUUUGCUGUGGAAGAGGAGUUUGAAGAUGAGGAUUUCUUGUCUGCUGUGGAGGAUGCAGAGAACCGGUUUGCUGGCUCACUGCCUGUGAAUGCUGGGCGUCUGAGACCUGUCUCUUCUAGGCCACAGGAGACUGUGCAGGCACAGUCCUCCAGGCUGCUGCCGUUACACCCCACUGCUCCCUCAGAGGCUUUGGGCCUGCCAGACCUGGACCUCUGCCUCCCUACCUCCAGCAUGCCCAGUGCCGACAGCCGUCCAUCAUGCAUAGGAACAGCUCCCCUAAGGCCUGUCUCUACUUCCAGCAGCUGGAUUGGCAAUCAGAGAAGAGUGACAGUGACAGAAGUGCUCAGAGAGCCAGCAAGACCUCAAUCCUCAGCCCUACACCCCCUACUCACCUUUGAGAGCCAACAGCAGCAAGUUGGUGGCUUUGAGGGGCCUGAACAAGACGACUUUGAUAAAGUCCUGGCAAGCAUGGAGUUGGAGGAGCCUGGCAUGGAGCUGGAAUGUGGAGUCAGCAGUGAGGCCACACCAAUCCUGCCUGCCCAGCAGCGGGAGGGUUCAGUAUUGGUUAAAAAGGCCUGGUUAGUUGAUCUGAGUGGAUCUUGCCAGAAGGAGCCCGUGCCUGCCACCCACACAGCGGGCAUCAUGUCAGCCCAGGAUGAGUCUCUAGAUCCUGUCGUCCAAUGUAGGACUCCACGACCCCCCUUGAGACCUGGUGCUGUGGGUCACCUUCCUGUUCCAACUGCCUUAACAGUUCCCACUCAGCAACUCCACUGGAAAAUCUGUCCACAAGGCCCCUCUGUUCAAGCACUUCAGCCUCUCCAACCUGCUAGAGGGACCAUUCAGAGCAGCCCUCAAAAUCGUUUCCCUUGUCAGCCAUUCCAGUCUCCAAGUUCCUGGUUAAGUGGCAAAGCUCAUUUACACAGACCUCGAACUCCCAACUCAAGCUGUUCUACUCCCUCAAGGACUAGUUCUGGAUUAUUUCCUCGGAUACCCUUACAUCCCCAAGCUCCACUGUCUUCCAUUGAGUCUCCUGUUGGUACCCCAAAAGGUCCCCAUUCCUCCCUGGGUCCCCAGGGAGCUCUGCAGACACCCAUAGUCACCAACCACCUGGUGCAGCUGGUCACUGCUGCCAGCCGGACACCCCAGCAGCCCACUCAUCCCUCCACCCGAGCCAAAACUCGCCGUUUCCCCGGCCCAGCUGGAAUCCUGCCUCACCAGCAGAGUGGGAGAAGUCUGGAGGACAUCAUGGUUUCCACACCCCAAACUCCGACCCAUGGUGCUCUGGCUAAAUUCCAGACAGAGAUUGUUGCUAGUUCCCAGGCAUCCGUGGAGGAGGAUUUUGGGCGAGGGCCCUGGCUGACCAUGAAAUCUGCGCUAGGCCUGGAUGAGAGAGACCCUAACUGCUUCCUCUGUACCUACAGCAUUGUCAUGGUGCUGCGCAAGGCAGCCCUGAAGCAGCUUCCUAGGAACAAGGUUCCCAAUAUGGCGGUGAUGAUCAAGUCCCUGACUCGGAGCACAAUGGAUGCCAGUGUGGUUUUCAAAGACCCCACGGGAGAGAUGCAGGGGACAGUGCACAGGUUGCUGCUGGAGACGCGCCAGAAUGAGCUGAAGCCUGGCUCAGUGCUGCUGCUGAAGCAGAUUGGAGUGUUUUCUCCUUCACUUCGAAAUCACUACCUCAACGUGACACCCAACAACCUGGUCCAUAUUUACAGCCUGGAUUCUGGGGAUGGGAGCUUCCUCAAGCCAUCUCAGCCCUUUUCCAAGGAUUCAGGGAGCUUCCAGCAUGAUGUGGCUGCAAAGCCCGAGGAAGUCUUCAGAACAGCACAGAAACUAGAGGCAGAGGCGUCCCCUGAGGAAGAACUCUCAGAAGCAGAUGACCUGGAUGGACUCCUGAGUGAGCUUCCUGAGGAAUUCUUCUGUGGGACCAGUAGUUGAGACUGCCCCAACACAGGACACGCACCGUGAGCAGGCAGCUCUGGGCGUGUCUGGUCACGUCCAAGGGGGAGAAGAAGGCCAGCAUGAUUGGAGAGUGGACACAGCGGGGGGCUUCUGUGGUUGCUCCCACCCUGGGUGUUUUCCCUGAGAGCCCCCUCAUCUCUGCGCUGCCCUCACUUUGGGCCUUCCUUUGCUGUUGGCCCCAGAAUCUGGCCCGAGACUGGCUCUCCAGCCAACAGGAAAGGCAUGUCACCCUCGUCUUGGGUGUCCCUCUCCUGCCUCAGCUUAACUUUAGAGGAUACUGGGCCUGGUUUUCUUGUCCCUUCAUACCCGAGUCCCUGGACAGCUGAGGAGCCGAAAGAAGCCACACCACAGCAAUGGCGGCCUGCCCCUCUGCACAGGGGAGGAGCAUGCUCAGGCUUCCUCUGCUUUGUCUCUUCAGACCUGUGGUUGCUCUGCUCAUCCGUGCCCAAGGUUCCCAGGUGCAGGACAGAGGUGUGGCCUAUUGUACCUUGUUCUGAAAUAAAGCAGCUCCUGCUU